AUGGAGCCGACGGGGACGGACGCCGCGGCGCCGCCGAGCCUGGCGGAGCUGGGCGAGAGCUCGCUGCUGGACCAGCUGCACGACCUGCACCGGCGGCUGGCGGCCGUGCGCCAGGACUCGCAGCGCUACAACUCGCUGGCGCGCAACCUGGGGCCGAUCCCCAUGGCCAACGACAGCAACAAGAUCAUCGUGUGCUCGCUGCGCCGCUGCGUGCGCAUGCUCAAGACGGACCAGGGCGACGGCUGGCAGUACACGGCGUCGGCCACGGGGCUCAAGAGCGCCAUCGACUACCUGGGGCGCGGCAACUCGGUGCACUGGGUCUCGUGGCCGGGCGCGGUCGUGGACGAGUCGAGCCAGGACGGCGUGCGGCGCCGGCUCGAGGCGGACUUCGCGUGCCACCCGGUCUUCCUGGGCGCGGAGACGCUGGACCUGUACCACAACCAGUUCUGCAACGUGGUGCUCUGGCCGCUCUUCCACUCGCUGCCGCAGCGCUCGGACAGCCGCCUGCUCGAGAACUUCGGCGACAAGUACGACGCCUAUUGCUCGGCCAACCAGAAGUUCCUCGAGGCCGUGUCGGAGAUCUACAAGGACGGGGACCUCGUGCUCGUGUGCGACUACCAGCUCAUGGCGCUGCCGGGGCUGCUGCGCCGCCGCUUCCCGGAGAUCACGUGCGGCUUCUACUUCCACUGCCCCUUCCCGUCCUCCGAGUUCUUCCAGAUGCUGCCCGUGCGCGAGGCGCUGCUGCACGGCGUGCUGGGCGCCGACCUCGUCGUGUUCAACCACUUCGACUACGUGCGCCACUUCCUCAACGUCUGCACGCGCAUGCUCGGGCUCGAGAGCUCCCCGAGCCGCGUCGAGUAUAACGGGCGGCUCAUCUCGCUCGGCAUCUGCCCCAUGGGCAUCGACCCAGUCAAGUACGCGGUCACGCCCAAGGUCGAGGCCCACGUCGAGAUGCUCAAGCGGCAGCAGGACGGCAUGAAGAUCAUCGUGGGCGUGCACAAGCUCGACUUCUGCAAGGGCAUCCCGGAGAUGCUCGAGGCCAUGGAGUACUUGCUGCAGCACUACCCAGAGUACCGCGGCAAAGUGGUCCUAUACGCGGUCGUGCGUGAUGCUGGACGCACGGCGUCUGUGCAGUACAGAAUGCUCAGUCGACAGAUCAACGAGCUCGUGGGCCGCGUAAAUGGGCGGUUCGGCACCGCAGAGUACUGCCCCGUGCGCUAUCUGAAGCAGUCCAUCGACCACGACCAGCUCGUGGCGCUCUACAACUGCGCCGAUGUCGCCAUCGUCAGCAGCAUCAAGGAAGGAAUAAAUCUACAGGCCAUGGAGUUCAUUGCCGCCCAGAAGAAGAGCUGUCACGGUGUGCUCGUCUACAGUGAGUUCGCAGGGUGUGCAUCGUCGUUCCAAGGCGCGUUGCUGGUCAACCCGAUGCACAUUGAGCAAGUUGCUGCAAGCGUGGACACAGCGCUUCGCAUGAGUCCGACCACUAAGCGGAUCCGCCACCACCAACUGUCGCGAUAUGUACACACGUACACGUCGACGCUGUGGGCGCAACGAAUCAUGUCAGCCUUGAACGAGGCUGCUGCUACGGCGCAAGAGUACAAUCGUUUGGACAAGCUGGAUACGGCGCAACUGCUUGGAUAUUACGAGCGCAGCCAGCGACGUCUGUUCCUGCUGGAUUAUGACGGCACACUCGUCAACUAUCAGAGCAUGGAAGAACUCGCAGAACCGUCCGCUGCACUUUUGUCUUGCCUCGAAGAUCUCACUGCGGAUCCUCGCAACACCGUCUAUAUUAUCAGCGGAAGGAACAAGACCCGUUUACAGGAAUGGUUUGGUCAUUUACCACGCGUCGGACUGGCAGCCGAGCACGGUUACUGGUUCCGUCCGGCGUCCAAGCACCCAUCUACGCUUGACGUGGAUGGAAGCGGCGCUAGCGGAGACAAUCUGCCGAGAUUAAACGAUCCGCUUGCGAGCUCGUCUUCAUCCGUCAUGGGGGCCAGCGAGAGUGCAAUGUUCGAGAGAGCUCCGUGGCAAUGCAUGUUCAGCGACGUGGAGCUGGAAUGGCGCGAUGAAGUGGAGAGCAUCUUGGAGCACUUCACGGAGCGAACUCCAGGCUCGCUGUUGGAUGUGAAAGACUGCUGCUACACGUGGCACUUUCGAGAUGCCGACCCCACCUUCGGUCUGAAGCAGGCGAAGGAUAUGCAGCUGCAUUUUGACCAGAUGCUGCGUGAUCUGCCGGUUGGUGUGGUGAUGUGUCGAAUUAAGAAGUACGUGAUGAUCCGACCGUGGCGUGUCAACAAGGGCCGCGCCGUGAGUCGCAUUCUCGAGUACGAAAGCGAGACGCCCUACUUCACGGCUCUGGACUUCGACUUCAUCCUCGCGCUGGGAGACGAGCGCACUGAUGAGGACAUGUUCGACGUCGUGCAGGGCAGCAACUGCUAUACGUGCACUGUUGGGAUGAAGGUCAGUCGUGCGCAGUAUUAUCUGGACGAUCCCGACGAGGUUCUGCGCGUGCUGACUGCGUGCACGAGCUUGCUGGGCGUUGAGCGCCAGCCGCUGUCAGGCUAA